AUGUGCGAUUUCAUUGAUCAUGAUAGGACGAAAGUGAAGGAAGUAUCUGCUGUUCCUCCGACUAUUCUGUGGACGAAAACUACAAGAUGUACAGUGGAUGCGUUACAGAAACCUGAUCGUCUACUGAUUGUGUCAUCAUACACGAUCAAGGUUCUCAUGCUCACUGCAAUACAAAUAGUCGUCACAUCGGUAAUUGUAAUCAUCUUAUCUGUAAAUUAUCUCCAAGAAAUGUUUCGAAAUUCAAAGGUCCAGUUACUUGUUGCUGGUUUAUUUGC